AUGGAUCAAUUUUGGCGCGUUAUUGCGCCGGAGCGAAAGGAGGUAACUGGAUGUCUGGGUGAACUUGUGGAGGCCUUGUUAUCCGGAAGUGCAUACAAUCUUGUACCUCUCUUAGCAGUGCCAUUGCAUACUCACAGCAGUGAAAGCGAAAUCCUGGAAGUCCUUCCCGGAGAAAACAUCGAAGACGAAAAAGAAGAGUUUUGCACAAGACGAACCAGAAAAAGCUGCCUAUCCUCGACCCACCUGACAAAAGUCGCCCGGAUUGAAAAACAUGACAGCGACGUGAUUAUAGCUAACGCCCGCGAUGAGCGGACCAAAUCAUUCCACUCCCUCCCGUCGAAGCUCCACCGUGCUAUCUUCACCCUUCUUGAUGAUAUACAGGACAUCCUCUGCCUGAGUCUUGCAAGUCGAUACUUCUGGGCCAUCGGACUAACCCAAAUAGAAGAUCACAUCGUCAUGUCAUCGGCGCCAUGGGCUGGCGAGCGCAUAAUGUGUGUCGGCAACCGAGUUGAUCCACGCGAUUAUCCCCCGGGCCUCUUAAACCCACGCGAAAAGGAGGAAUUGGCAGAGUUGAACCGCGUCCACAAUCUCAACACGAAGUCGAUCAACCAUACAUGGAGGAAGGUCGGGGAAACAUCGCUAUCGCAGAAACUUCAAGAUAGGUUCCGGCAAUAUGAAGCACAGCACCCGAUGACUGAAGCCGACCGUACGGAGAUUCUGACAGGCCUACGACCUGAGAUGUUGGAUUUUUAUCCCCGCGAUCAGCCAUGGAUUCUCCGGAACCUCACUACGAAGGAAUAUGUGCGUGGCGAGGCGAUCGCAUUGAAGGAUUCUUUCAUUCAUGGACCACAUAUUGAUGUUAUUGGAUUUUCGGAGGUCUUGCUGUCUCGGAUCUCGUGGUCUAGUCAGCCUGUGAUAACUGGUCAUGGAAGAAACCUUUCUCAUGGGAAAUGGGCAGGCCAUCGCUUUGAUAUUACGCCUCUUGCGAAUCUGCAUAGCGGCAGUGGUAUUAAUGCAUGGGACGAUGUUAGCAAUGAGCUAAUUAGGGAGCUUGAUAUCAUCGUCACUAGUCAGAAAGGUGAUGACUGGCGUGAGCAAUUAUCACAGCGCUACCUGAAAGUUACUUGUCCUGUAGCACUCGGAUACACUUAA